GUAAGUAACGUCAGACCUGCGUAGUAGGUCGUUAUAUCACACUGCCGGCUUACUUCCUGCGUUCGUGCUAACUGUGACAGGGAAGAAUCAAAAAAAGUCACUGGACAAUUUUUUUCUUUUUUUAGGAAUCCGAAGAGCAACACGGUCCUUAAUACGUCAAGAUGUCCUCAUAUGAAGAAGAAAACGAAUCGAAGUUAUUGCGAAAAGCAAAGGAGAAUCCAUUUGUCCCAGUGGGCAUAGCUGGAUUCUUUGGCAUUGUUGGGUACAAACUGCUGAAAAUGAAACAACGUGGUGAUACAAAAAUGUCAGUGCACCUGAUUCACAUGCGUGUAGCUGCCCAGGGCUUUGUGGUUGGAGCCAUGACUGUUGGGGUCCUGUAUUCAAUGUACAGAGAGUACAUCGUGAAGCCCAAUGAACAACAGAAAUAAAUCCAACAAAAGUGAACAUGAACUCUUGAAUUAAUAUUUGAUAUCCCUUAAUAUUGCCUCAUAUUAAGGUUUGUAGAAGAUUUGUUUUUACAGAUGUGUCAUAUGUUUUAUAUGCACGCAUCCUUUAAGCAGCACCUAGUCACUGCAACAGCUGUAACUAAAAGAUAACACUUCCUUCCUCUACACAGUACAACAGAGGUAAUUCUGUCAGUUUUUUUUUAAUUAAUGGAGGGGUAACUGUGUGGGCAGGGGGCAUUAUUGAUGGUAUGUGAGGCUAAGUGUGGGUUUGAAAAUUACCUUUGAUGGUGCACAUACUGAUAUUAAUAUUAGUCAUUAUGUUACUAUUUCAUAAUAUUUAAUUUUUUUUUGCUUUGUUUCUUUUUGUUUAAUGAUAUGGGGUAGAUUUGCCAAAUAAAAAAAAAAAAUUCACCUUAGUGUGUAUAUAUAUAUAUAUAUAUAUAUAUAUAUCCCUUUUUAUUUGGGGCACCACAAAAUGUGUACAACAAUACCUGUCUUCUAAAUGACCUCUCACAUUAUUUAACUAAUGGCAAUUUAGGUCAUUUUUGACUCUGCAAAACAGACAAAAUUAUUCCAUACAAAAUACUUCAUGGCAUGGAAGUUGGAGGAACUUUAAUAUUUCUUGACAGAAAUCAUAAAAAAAAAAUGAUAUUUUUGUAGAAAUGAAAUGGUCUUUAUAAAAUGUAACUGUAAUGGACUCAGCUUUUAUUUAUUUAUGUUUAGGAUAUUUCAUUUUGUCAUUAUUUUAUGCUACCCACUGGUUAAUUGUUAUAAGAUAUGAAAAGAUAAGAUAUGAAAUGGCUACAUCUGUGUAGUAGCCCGUGUGUAACCCACUUUGCUUUGUGUGUGUCUACAGUUUGGAACCUUUGAAACAUGUUCCAGCUGUCACUGUCUUCUUUUUGCAUCAUAAUGCACACCAUAAUAUAUACAGCUACCAACUUUUUGUGUUAACUUAAUGAGUUUAAAAAGAAAAAUAAGGAAAUGAUACAGAUUUAAUGAAGUUGCCUUUUCAUUUCUAUUAAAUAAAACUGCUCUGCUGUCACAAACUCA